ACAAUGUGAAGACUUCAAUUUCCAGGAGAUAUGAUACGACGACGUAGCGUAAACGCCGUCAACUGCAACCCGCCGGCGGCUCAUUUGCUCAAGCAUCAACGCUGGGGGUCGGUACUUUUUACACCAAACCCACAGAUCUAAGCUGGACCCGUAUUUCCUCGUUGCCGGCGACUGUGAGGUGAUUGCUUUGGAUGGUUCCUUUUUAAAACCCGGUCCUGCUUACUAGUUUGAAGUUGAAGAUUUGAAUAUUGUGAGAUAGAAAUGGGUCGUCUGAGGCUACAAUCUAGCAUCAAUGCUAUUGAAGAGGAACCAGAAGAAUGUGAGACUACUUCUUCCAAUAAGACUGCUUUGGGAUGUAUGAUUAAUUCAGAAAUAGGAGCAGUGCUGGCUGUCAUGAGGCGGAAUGUGAGAUGGGGAGGUCGUUAUGUGUCUGGGGAUGACCAAUUGGAGCACACCCUUAUUCAAUCUCUUAAAACUUUGAGAAGGCAGAUAUUCUCAUGGCCAAAUGAGUGGCAGUCGGUCAAUCCUUCCUUAUACCUCCAGCCCUUUCUCGAGGUAAUCAGGUCAGAUGAAACGGGUGCUCCAAUUACCGGUGUUGCAUUGUCAUCCGUUUACAAGAUUUUGACCCUCGAUGUGCUGGAUGUAAAUACUGCCAAUGUAGAGGAUGCCAUGCAUAUGGUAGUUGAUGCUGUUACUAGCUGCAGAUUCGAGGUGACUGACCCUGCAUCUGAGGAAAUUGUACUAACCAAGAUUCUUCAGGUUCUUUUGGCAUGCAUGAAAAGUAAAGCAUCGGUUAUGCUGAGUAAUCAGCAUGUUUGCACUAUUGUGAACACCUGUUUCCGGAUAGUUCAUCAAGCUGGAACGAAAGGUGAGCUCUUACAGAGAAUAGCCCGCCAUACAAUGAAUGAGCUGGUUAGAUGUAUAUUUUCACAUCUUCCAGAUGUUGACAACACAGAACAAUCACUGGUUAAAGGAGGCAGUGCUAUAAAUAGUGAGACUGCGGGACUUGAUGCUGAUUACAAUUUCAGUGGCAAAUCAGUAAAUGGAGUCGGAGUUUCCGAGUACGAUGGCCAAAUCCCUUCCGGAGUUUCUAAUCUUGCAUCAUCUGGACUCAUGAGUGGAUUGAUGGAUGAAAGGAAUGCAAGUGCAAAUAAUGGGAAGGAUGGAGUUUCCUAUGACUUGCACUUAAUGACUGAACCAUAUGGCGUGCCCAGCAUGGUUGAAAUAUUUCAUUUCCUGUGUUCAUUGCUAAAUGUUGUCGAGCAUAACAGGAUGGGACUCAGGGAGAAUUCCAUAGCAUUUGAUGAAGACGUACCUCUGUUUGCCUUAGGUCUGAUAAACUCGGCUGUUGAGUUUGGUGGACGUUCUAUAAGUAAUCAUCCUAGAUUAUUGAGCUUGAUACAGGACGAACUUUUCCGUAAUCUUAUGCAGUUUGGGCUAUCUUCGAGUCCCUUGAUUCUCUCCAUGGUCUGCAGCAUUGUUCUCAACUUAUACCAGCACUUGCGCACUGAGCUGAAGCUUCAGCUCGAAGCUUUCUUUUCUUGUGUGAUCUUGAGACUUGCACAAAGCCGAUUUGGAUCUUCGUACCAGCAACAGGAGGUUGCGAUGGAGGCUCUGGUUGAUUUCUGCAGGCAGAAAACCUUCAUGGUAGAAAUGUAUGCGAAUUUAGAUUGUGAUAUAACGUGUGGUAAUGUGUUUGAAGAUCUUGCCAAUUUAUUGUCAAAGAGUGCCUUCCCCGUGAACUGCCCUUUGUCCAGCAUGCACAUUCUUGCCCUGGAUGGGCUGAUUGCCGUGAUUCAGGGAAUGGCCGAGAGAAUAGGCAAUGGAUCAGUUGGUUCUGAGCUAGCUCCUGUAAAUCUCGCCGAGUACACUCCAUUUUGGAUGGUGAAAUGCGAAAAUUAUGUCGAUCCUGAUCACUGGGUCCCUUUUGUCCGCAGAAGAAAGUACAUUAAGAGAAGGCUGAUGAUUGGAGCCGACCACUUCAAUCGGGACCCUAAGAAAGGGCUGGAAUUUUUGCAGGGAACACAUCUUUUGCCCGAGAAGCUCGAUCCCCAGAGUGUGGCCUGCUUUUUCCGCUACACCGCUGGACUGGAUAAAAAUCUCGUUGGCGACUUUCUCGGAAAUCACGACGAGUUCUGUGUGCAGGUCCUCCAUGAAUUCGCCGGGACAUUCGAUUUCCAAGAUAUGAACCUCGAUACUGCAUUGAGGCUCUUUCUGGAGACUUUUCGGCUUCCUGGAGAAUCUCAAAAGAUCCAGAGGGUGCUGGAGGCUUUCUCUGGCAGAUACUAUGAGCAGUCGCCACAGAUCUUGGCCAACAAGGAUGCUGCCCUAUUGCUCUCGUAUUCCCUCAUAAUGCUCAACACGGAUCAGCACAACGUGCAGGUCAAGAAGAAGAUGACGGAGGAGGAUUUUAUCCGCAACAACCGGCAUAUCAAUGGAGGCAACGAUCUUCCGCGCGAGUUCCUCUCCGAACUCUAUUACUCGAUUUGCAAGAACGAGAUUCGCACUACGCCAGAACAGGGGGCCGGCUUUGCCGAGAUGACUCCUAGCCGAUGGAUUGAUUUAAUGCACAAGUCCAGAAAAACCUCCCCUUACAUCGUCUCCGACUCCCGGGCCCACCUCGACCACGACAUGUUUGCAAUAAUGUCAGGGCCCACAAUCGCCGCCAUCUCCGUCGUAUUCGACCAUGCCGAGUACGAGGACGUCUACCAAACGUGCAUCGACGGGUUUUUGGCCGUGGCAAAAAUUUCCGCGUGUCAUCAUCUUGAAGAUGUCCUGGACGACCUCGUGGUGUCUCUGUGUAAGUUCACCACGCUUUUGAAUCCCUCGUCAGUCGAGGAGCCCGUUCUCGCCUUUGGCGACGAUGCAAAAGCCCGAAUGGCCACCGUCACGGUUUUCACCAUCGCGAACAGGUACGGAGAUUUUAUCCGGACAGGUUGGAGAAAUAUUCUCGAUUGCAUCUUGAGGCUGCACAAGCUCGGGCUUUUACCCGCCCGCGUGGCAAGCGAUGCUGCAGAUGAUUCGGAUAUGUCGUCCGAUCCUACUGGACACGGAAAGCCUCUAGCCAACUCCCUGUCUUCCGCUCAUAUCCAGUCCAUCGGCACACCUAGACGCUCUUCGGGCCUGAUGGGCCGAUUCAGCCAGCUUCUCUCUCUAGACACCGAAGAGCCAAGGUCCCAGCCCACCGAGCAACAGCUGGCAGCUCACCAACGCACGCUCCAGACCAUCCAGAAAUGCCACAUCGACAGCAUUUUCACCGAGAGCAAGUUUCUGCAAGCCGAGUCCUUGCUCCAGCUUGCGCGGGCCCUUGUAUGGGCCGCUGGCCGACCUCAGAAAGGCAACGCUUCCCCCGAGGACGAAGACACCGCUGUUUUCUGCCUGGAACUGCUGAUUGCCAUCACUCUGAAUAACCGAGACAGAAUCGGGCUCCUUUGGCAGGGCGUGUACGAGCACAUUGCAGGCAUAGUUCAGUCCACAGUGGUGGCGUCUGCUCUCGUGGAGAAGGCUGUUUUCGGGCUUCUCCGCAUCUGUCAGCGUCUGCUCCCUUACAAGGAGAAUUUGGGAGACGAGCUUCUUCGUUCGCUCCAGUUGGUUCUCAAGCUCGAGGCCCGCGUGGCAGAUCAGUACUGUGAGCAGAUCACUCAGGAGGUCGGCAGGCUCGUGAGGGCUAACGCGGCCCACAUCCGGAGCCCGCUGGGCUGGCGUACAGUCGCGUCACUCCUCUCGAUCACGGCCCGCCACCCGGACGCGUCCGAGCCCGGUUUCGACGCGCUCUCGUUCGUCAUGGCCGAGGGGUGCCACCUGUCCCCGUCAAAUUUCGUGCUCUGCGUGGAUGCUGCGAGGCAGUUUGCCGAGUCUCGUGUGGGGCAGGCUGACCGGUCGGUCAACGCGGUUGACCUUAUGGCGGGCUCGGUUCCGUGUCUGAUCAAGUGGGCCCGGGAGGCCCGGGAGGGAAUGCCGGGCCCGGAGUCCGAGAAGCUCUGCAGGGAUAUAGGGGACAUGUGGCUGAAGCUCGUGCAGGGAAUACGGAAGGUUUGUUUGGACCAAAGGGAGGAAGUUAGGAACCAUGCGCUUCUAUCCUUGCAGAUGUGCUUGACGGGUGUUGAUGAAAUCCGUUUGCAAAUAGGUUUCUGGCCACAGUGUUUCGAGAUGGUCAUAUUCACGAUGCUCGAUGAUUUGGCCGAGAUUGCGCAGGGUAACCCUCAGACACAGAAGGAGUACCGGAAUAUAGAAGGGACGCUCGUGCUCGCGUUGAAACUGCUCGGGAAGGUGUUUUUGCAUAAACUGGAGGAGUUGACUCAGGUGUCGAGCUUUUGCAAGCUGUGGCGUAACGUGAUUGGGCGAAUGGAGAAGUAUAUGAAGCUGAAGGUGAAGAGGGGGGAGAAGGUUCAGGAGCUGGUACCCGAGCUUCUUAAGAAUAUGCUUUUGGUGAUGAAGGCGAAAGGCGUGCUUGUGCCGACUGGGACUCUCGGUGGGGACAACGUGUGGGAACAGACUUGGCUGCACGUGAAUAAGAUUUUUCCGUCUUUGCAGUCGGAGGUUUUCCCGAGCAAUCAAGAUUUGGAGGUUUUGGGGUUGAGUCGAGAGGGUAAUGGGGAAAUGGGUUCUGCUCAAAGUGAAUGAUUGUUGGAUCUUCAUGUAUUUUUCGAAUUUAAAACUUGUUAUAAUACUGCAUUUGAUCGUUAGAUUAGUGGUAGCGAGAAGGAUUGGAGUUUGUUGAACUGGUAAUUCUUUUGCUGAGUGCUGUGUAAUGUGGGAUUGGAAUUGAUUGUCUUCUCCCGCAUAUGAAGACGACAGGAACAUUGGCUUGAUGUUUGUCCGCUUGUUGAGACAGUAGCUGACUGCUUAUAUUGUAUAGAAUGUGAAAUGCUAAUUUUUGUUUUGGUGAGAAAGAUUGCUGCAGUGUGGUUAGAACUUAGAACAACUUAUCUGCUUGAUAUUACCUUACUAAUCUAUCUUCCUUUUUAGCUUGUCC